AUGUUGCAGCUAGCCGGCUACACUGCUGAGAAAGUGGCCGCUGCCGUGCCGGUGAUCACGAGUUUCGAGCACACUCUGGCCGGUGUCGACCUCAUCAAGCUAGGGACUCCACUGGACCAGAAGUACCCGCUGCUUGUCGGCUCGUGGCUCAAGCCCAACGCCUUCGACAUCUACGACCAGUGGUGUGGGUCGAACGACUGGGUGGGGCUUAACUACUUGACCUAG